AUGUGGCCCCAAGGGGCCAUCUUUGUGACACUGCCCCACCUGGGGCCCAUCCUGGUCUGGCUGUUUGCCCAUCAUCGAAUGCCUGGUUGGUGUGAGGGCCCAAGGACCAAGCUCUGGUGCCCACCCCACAAAGUCUUGUUGCUUGUGUGGACCACCAUCUACUCAGUCAUGGGCUACGCCUCGUACCUGGUAUGGAAGGACCUGGGAGGGGGCUUUGGGCAGCUGCUGGCCCUGCCUCUCGGCCUCUACGCUGUGCAGCUCGCCAUCAGCUGGGCCGUCCUGAUCCUCUUUUUUGCAGUCCACAGCCCCGGUCUGGCCCUGCUGCACCUGCUGCUGCUGUAUGGGCUGGUGGUGAGCACAGCGCUCACCUGGCGCCCCAUCAACAAGCUGGCAGCCCUGCUCCUGCUGCCCUACCUGGCUUGGCUCACCGUAACCACUGCCAUCGCCUAUCACCUGUGGAUGCACAGCCUUUGCCCAGAGCACCAGCAUCAGCCCACCGGGGAGAAGAGGAACUAA